UUGUCGCAAAACGUUGUGUUUUAGUAAUAACUCUCCGUCUGCGAGAGAGUCAUUUUCUCAUCGUAAAUAUGUACAAUACACAUCUGUCAGGAUGGAGGCUGGCGCUGUCCAAACUGUUCAUAAUACCGCAGCGGUAUGUGUUCGCUAUAAUGGCCCUGCUGGCUAUAGCGAACGCGUAUACCAUGCGCGUAUGUCUGAACCUUGCCAUCACGCAGAUGGUCAAAAAGACCGUAGCAGUGGAGGGUGACCCAAACUACGACCCAGACGCCUGUCCAGACACAAGCGCGGUGGUCAACAGGACUCUCAUAACGUUCUCUGACUUUCUGACAAGAGCUGAUGAUGAGCCAGUACUAUUUGAGUGGAGUGAAGCAACUCAAGGGUUGCUGUUGAGUUCCUUCUACUAUGGUUACGUGUUAACCCACUUACCAGGUGGUAUUCUGGCUGAGAAGUACGGUGGCAAGUGGGUUUUGGGCCUGGGUCUACUUUCGACGUCUCUCUGUACUUUUAUCACACCGUACGCCGUGAAAUCUGGCGGCGCCAUUGCGCUGUUCGUGUUGCGAGUAGUCGAAGGCUUGGGAGAGGGUCCAACGAUGCCCGCGCUUAUGGCGAUGGUUUCAAAUUGGGCACCAAAGGCCGAAAGAGCCCGCAUAGGUGCGAUAGUAUUCGGUGGCGCCCAAAUCGGUAACAUAGCCGGAACAUACUUCUCUGGCUUGGUACUCCAUGAGGGUAGUUGGGAAAACGUCUUCUAUUUGUUCGGAGGUCUCGGCAUCGCUUGGUUUCUUGUGUGGACUUUGAUUUGCUACAGCACGCCUAAUACACAUCCAUUCAUAUCAGCCAAAGAAAAGAAGUUUUUGAACGAAAAUGUACUUGCGUUGAUACACAGCGAGGAGCAGAAAUUAGACCCUGUACCCUGGAAGGCUUUGCUGCGAUCAGUGCCUUUGUGGGCAUUGAUUAUUGCUGCUAUUGGUCACGAUUGGGGUUACUUCACCAUGGUUACGGACUUACCAAAAUACAUGACUGACGUGUUAAAGUUCAAUAUAAAAUCUGCCGGAUCUCUGUCUGCUCUCCCAUACGUCGCUAUGUGGAUCGCUUCUUUCUUCUUCGGCCUAAUGUGCGAUUUCUGCACCAAAAAAGGAUACCACAACAUCAAGAACGCAAGGAAGAUCUACACAACAAUCGCCGCUACUGGUCCUGGAAUCUGCAUAAUUCUAGCCUCGUACUCCGGUUGCAACACAACCCUAGCUGUAUUUUGGUUCGUGGCGGCCAUGACACUCAUGGGGGCAUACUACAGUGGUAUGAAGAUCAACGCGCUGGACAUCACGCCCAACUACGCCGGAACCACCACGGCGAUGGUCAACGGUAUAGCCGCUAUAUCUGCCAUCAUCACCCCGUAUUUGAUCGGCCUUUUAACGCCAAAUUCGACAUUAAAAGAGUGGCGAUUGGCGUUUUGGAUCUGCUUAGCAGUUUUAGUUAUCACGAACAUUAUCUACCUAAUUUUCGCCCAAGGAGACCAGCUAUGGUGGGACAACGUCAAGAAAUUCGGAUACCCAGCCAACUGGAAACACGGACCCCUGCCGGAAAGGAAAAAGGAUACGGAAAAACAGAGCGAAAAUAAAACCAAAGAUUUUUUGACACACUUCAAUUUGGCUCAGCUAGAGUUAACAAGUGUUGAUGAGGAACUCAGAACUAAAAUGACCCUAACAGGAUGGCGUCUUAUACUCAACAGAGUAAUAUUCAUACCACAACGCUAUGUGUUGGGGAUUAUGGGCUUAUUCGCGUUAGCCAACUCUUUUACUAUGCGAGUAUGUUUGAGCAUGACAAUAACACAGAUGGUGACCAAGGCUGCGGAUUCUGAGCAUAUUAUUGGUGAAACGUGCCCUGAUGAUUCAGUAGUUUCAAAUGUAACUACUAUAAGUAACAUCACAACUACUGUAUAUGAGAGUCGUGGUCGAUAUGACUGGGAUGAAAGCACCCAAGGAUUUCUACUCAGUGCAUUCUACUAUGGAUACGUCAUAACGCAUUUGCCUGGUGGACUACUGGCCGAGAAAUUUGGCGGGAAAUGGACUUUGGGAUUAAGUUUAUUGGUCACUUCUGUAGCUACCACUCUUACGCCACUAGCAGUAGACCUCGGUGGAGCAGUUGGAUUGUUCAUUAUAAGAGUUAUCGAGGGACUCGGAGAGGGACCCGUGACCCCAGCGUUUGUGCUUAUGAUGGCUCGUUGGGUUCCACCAUCAGAGAGAUCUAGAUUCGGAGCGAUGAUAUUCGGUGGAGCACAAGUCGGCAAUAUUGCUGGUCCUUACAUUUCUGGAUUGCUCUUGGCUGAUGGUGGAGAUUGGGCAAACGUAUUUUAUGUCUUUGGAGUAUUAGGCAUCAUCUGGUUUUUGUUCUGGACUGUGUUAUGCUACAGUACUCCAAAUUCUCACCCAUUUAUUUCUGAUAAAGAGCGGAAAUAUUUGAACGAGAAUGUAAUGGCUUCUGGUCUUCAUAAGAAAAUGGACCCUGUGCCUUUCAAGGCCCUGUUACGAUCAGCACCUUUAUGGUCUUUGGUGCUGGCUGCGGUUGGUCAUGACUGCGGCUAUUUUGCCAUGAUCACUGAUUUACCCAAAUAUUUCUCUGAUGUGCUGAAAUUCAACAUAAAAGAUACUGGCCUAAUGUCUGCCCUGCCAUAUAUUGCGAUGUACGUCUUUUCCUUCAUAUUUGCUUCCUUCUGUGAUUUGUGUAUCAAGAGAAAUUGGCACUCGAUCAGCACUGGACGAAAAAUAUACACAACUGUUUCCUCUACCCUUCCAGCAAUUUUCAUUAUCUUGGCGUCAUACUCCGGCUGCGACAAAUUAAAAGCUGUGGCAUUCUUCAUAACAUCCAUGGCAUUUAUGGCAGGAUUCUAUAGCAGCGUGAAGAUCAAUGCGAUGGACCUGGCCCCGAACUAUGCCGGUACUUGCUCAGCUAUGGUCAACGGAUUGGCAGCCGUCUCCGGGAUUAUAACUCCGUACUUGAUUGGUCUGCUUACUCCUGAUCAAACGGUUGGCCAGUGGAGGAUAGCGUUUUGGUUUGUAUUUAUUGUCCUGGUGGUAACCAACAUCAUUUACUUAAUCUGGGGUUCAGGCACACAGCAAUGGUGGGAUGAUGUUGAUAAAUACGGCUAUCCACCGGACUGGAAGCAUGGACCACUGAGGAAGACUGAGAAGAAGGUAGUGUACCCCAAACAUGACCACUCACCUAUUGCAGAAGACUGAUUAACU